CCGGAUGGAACUUCGUAAUGCGGUUAUAAUGCAGAUUGGAUGAGAGGUGGGGUGAAGUUUUUCUACAGCGUACGGUAUGGUAAUUAAGGUAGAAGCAAUGGCACGCUACCAGGCUGUUGCUGACCAGAGCAAACCGAGCCUUGCUAGCGUGCAGUCGUCACCAGAACCAUCGACCUAUCUCAUAACUGGAGCAUUUCCACAAUAUUGAAUAUGCGGCCUCAAAUGACUCGAUAAGAUCCACGGAUUCGGGCAUGCCAAAAUGACAGGAAGAUCCUGAAAAGUCCAUCAAUCCUCAAAUGUUAAUGGACAAUGUACAAACUGGAAUUGAUCCUGGAGGAGCCAGAUCGUGUUUACUUCUCAGGUGAUGACGUGAAAGGGAAUGUAAUUGUCAAUUUGGAGAGCAGUCUCGCCGUUCAGGCCGUGACUGUAAAGUUCAUCGGUGAGGCUUGUGUGAGUGUUCCGGACGAACUGGUAGACAGCAAAGGACCAAAGAAACCACGCAAAAAUGUAACUAACAAAAUUACACCAGUAUCGAAUGAACAAGGGAAAAUUGAAGCAGCUCAGGGUUGGGUUCAAGGGAGCAAAGAAAUACCAUCCACGCCGCACAAAACAAAGAAAGCCUCCAAACAAAUUGCCAAAUCUAAACUUUGUUCUCAGGAAAGAUAUUUCUUCCACAACGAGUACCUGUAUGGGCACAAGUAUAGUAGUUACAGAGAGCAACUGUGGGAGGGAUCGCACGUGUUCCCCUUUCAGUUCACACUGCCGACCGGGCUGCCGGCAUCGUUCAACGGCCGUUUCGGCUACGUCCGAUACUACUGCGAAUCGACCCUGCAGCGAUGGAAGAUAAAGGAUACGAGGCGGGUCUACUUCAGCGUCACUAACGUCGCCGAUAUAAACACAGAGGCGAAAGCGGAGAGUGGCUGCGAAGAGCAGAAGACGACAAAUUCCUGCCUGUUCUGCUGUCCCAGAGGCACAAUCGUCGCAUCGGCGGAGUUGAAAAGGAGAGGAUUCGCUCCAGGUGAAAUAGCACCGCUUCUUGUAGAGAUCCAUAAUAUGAGUAACACAUCAAUUACGUCAUUAAAAGCUGUGAUUAUUCAGAUGGUGGAGUACUCAUCUCCGCAAGGGAUGAGAAGACACGAAGACGAGCGAAAAGUGCUUGAAGUGACGAGGGGCGAGGUUAAACCGGGGACAUCCCUGUCCUGGGGGACUGCCGGAAUCAGGCUGCCACCCCUUCCUCCGACCAGCUUUACUGCCGACUCCUGCAAAAUUAUCUCUAUACAUUACAGGAUUGACGUGUUGAUGUACGUUACAGGCGAAAAAGAACCUCUUAUUUUAAAGCUUCCCAUAAUUAUUGGGAACAUUCCUCUGAAAAAAAAUUUCUCCCUUCUCGCCGAUUCGGAACUGGGAGACUCGCUUCAUGCGGUUGCCUUUCCAAAGCACAUCACGCACAGAUACUGCAAAUUACCUGCUGCGACAACACAAGAAAGCGUCAAUCCCGAACAAUCCGACUGCGUUUACAAGCUGCCGCAUUUCAAGCCGAGAUACCUUGUAUACUACCCGAACGAAAUUAUGUAAAACAAAAUGGAAAGCUUUUGUAUUUAUAUUUAACCUAAAUAUACGUAUUUAUUUAUACAUGUUGUAAAAAUAUAUUUG